AUGGGCUCACCAAACGAUUUAGACGAUGCUUUCGCCAUCGUUGGGUUCUCGUUCAAACUGCCACAGGACGCCGUUGACGACGAAAGCCUCUGGAAGGUAAUGGAGGAGCGAAGAAGCCUGAUGAGCGCCUGGCCAGGAGACCGCGCCAAGGUUGACUCGUUCAUCGACGGAACCUCAGACAAGCCGAAUACGCUGCGGACCCUCGGGGCCCAUUUCACCAAAGGUGACCCAGGCGUAUUUGACGCGCCAUUCUUCUCGAUUACGGCCAAGGACGCAGCCGCAAUCGAUCCACAACAGCGAUGGGUCCUAGAAGCUUCUUACCUGGCCUUUGAAAAUGCUGGAAUACCCAUAGAGUCUCUCCGCGACAGUCUGACGGGCGUGUUUGGAGCAUCCAUGUUCGACGAUUACUUGCACAUGUUGACCAAGGACCCCGAUGCAAUGCCGCGGCAAGCAAUCAAGGGAUUAGCGCCAUCUCUGUUGGCAAACCGCGUGAGUUGGCAUUUCCAACUGCGCGGGCCAAGUAUGCACGUCAAUGCUGCUUGCUCGAGCAGUAUGAUGGCGCUGGACAUGGCUUGCAAGGCAAUGCGUGGAGGAGACGCAACUAUGGCCCUUGUGGUUGGAUCUAACCUUCUACUAAGCCCCGAGAGUUCGCUUUUCAUGGCCAACAUGAAUGUGCUGUCUCCAGAUAGCAAAUGCUUCAGCUUUGAUGCCCGUGCGAACGGAUACGCGAGAGGAGAAGGGGUCGUGGCGUUGGUUGUCAAGCCACUCCGAGACGCCCUCGACAACGGCGAUGUCAUACGUUCGGUGAUCAGGGCAUCGGGCUCCAAUCAAGACGGACGAACGCCCGUGCUAACGCAACCGAGCGCGGAUGCACAGGAGCUUCUCAUUCGACAUGUGUAUGAGAAGGCAGGCCUUGACUUUGCCAGCACGAGAUACGGACUGGGACGCCGACUGGUGGACCCUACCGAAAUGACGGCUAUUGGGAAGGUAUUCAGGGCGUCCAGGUCUCCCUCGGAACCGCUAUAUGUCGGGACGGUGAAGCCAAAUAUUGGCCAUCUUGAAGGAGCGAGUGGACUUGCCAGCCUCCUCAAGGCCAUCUUGGUAGUUGAGAAGGGCAUUAUCCCCCCGACAGCGCUUUUUGAGGCCAUGAACCCGGAGAUCGAUGCAGAGUUCUACAAUGUCGAGGUGCCCACCAAGUGCAUUCCCUGGCCAGUCCCUGGGCUCCGGCGUGUGUCUGUCAACUGCUUCGGUUCUGGUGGUUCUAAUUCCCACGUAAUCCUUGACGACCCGAUGAAUUUCUUGAGGAGCCGAGGGUUGAAUGGCUACCACCACUGCGUCCAGCCUGCUUCACUCGCCAGCGCGGGCGAUGUCACCCCUGCAUACAACAACACGACAACUAUAUCAAAUUACCCAAAUAACGUUAGAGGUGAGAAAGAAUACAGCCAGCACACCGGAGGCCCAAAGGCGAAACUCCUACUCUGGACCGCCGCAGAUGCAAAUGCCUUGCGUCGCAUGCUGUCGGCUUACCAGGAAUACCAUGAUGCUCAUGUCGCCGGCGAUAGGUACAAGCUGGACCAGUUAGCCUACACACUAGCUUCAAGGCGGAGCAUUUUGCCAUGGCGUGCUUUUGCUGUCAUUGGAGAAGAUUCAGGGGCUGGUUACACAACAAGAGGUUUUCCUGUAUCCCAGCCGGUACGGGUAUCGCCUGGAGAACCCAGAAUCGCGCUUGUAUUUACUGGACAAGGGGCCCAAUACAUGGGCAUGGGAAUGGAGCUGCUGCAAUACCCUAUCUUUAAGGAAAGUCUGGAACGAUCUGAUGAAAUUCUGGCUGACCUCGGGUUUGGUCUCCGUGAACAGGAUCGAAUUCACGACCCAGAACUUAGCCAGCUGCUUUGCACCAUCCUUCAGAUAGCCCUGGUCGAUCUUCUCAUAAGUUUCAAGUUGAGUACAGUAGCCGUAGUUGGACACUCCAGCGGUGAAAUCGCUGCCGCAUAUGCUGCUGGAGCCCUAUCGAGAAGAUCGGCUUGCAAAGUUGCCUACUUCAGGGGGCUCCUUGCCGGGAAACUUCGCUCGACGACGGAGACACCAGGUGCAAUGAUGUCUGUCAACCUGACGGAAGUAGAAAUCCCUGCAUAUCUCGAAAAGCUGGGAGUAGAAUCAAAGCGCGAUGGCGGCGGCAGCGCUGCUACUGGUAUUCACGUCGCUUGUCUGAACAGCCCCACCAACCUUACACUAUCUGGGCCGGCUAACAACAUAGCCGCUCUGAAGGAGCUGCUGGAUGAAGAGGGGGUUUUUGCACAUACAGUUAACACGGGUGUUGCAUAUCACUCUCCAGCCAUGCGCGCCAUCACAGUCGAAUACAUCCAGUUGAUGAGCUCUCUCAACGAGCAAAGUAACCUGUCUGGUUCUGGUAUCGCCAUGAUCAGUUCCGUUACCGGUAAGCCUAUAGAACGUGAGGUUCUCACAAAGCCCCAGUACUGGGCCGAUAACCUUGUUUCGCCAGUAAGAUUUGUGGAUGCAAUCCGGCACUUGACCGAGAACAUCCCUGUUACUGAUCUGGUCGAAAUUGGCCCGCACGGCGCGUUAAAGCGCUCGGUGGUCGGUACGGCUCCCUCCCAGCGUUAUCACUCCGCUCUCACUCGCCUGAAAUCUCCAACAAAUACUGUACUAUCUCUGCUAGGAAGCUUGUUCUGCAAUGGUCUGCCGUUGUCAAUAAUGGCUGCCAAUGGCCAUACUAAGGGGCAGCUGCCAGUUUUAGUCGACUGUCCACCGUAUCCAUUUGACCAUACCCGGCGCUACUGGCACGAACCGCGGCUCAGUAAAGGCUUCCGAUUCCGGCAGUCCUCUCCAGGAUACCUUCUUGGAAGACAGGCGCAUGACUGGAAUCCGCUACAGCCUAGGUGGAGGAAUUGGUUGUCCAUUGAGACAAUUCCCUGGCUAGCUGAUCACAUCGUCAGCGGCACAACCAUCUUACCUGGAGCAGGCAUGCUGGUCAUGGCCAUCGAAGCCGUAUACCAAGUAGCAUCCUCGACCACAAACAGACGCGCCAUCGCGGGCAUCAUGUUCAAGACUGCCAUGUUUAUUUCUCCGGUUGUUGUGGGCGAGACAGCGGCAGAUGCUACCGAGACCGAAUUAAGGUUGGAUCCAAUCCAGAAACCACAUGAGAAAGAAUCGACAUGGUACGGUGUUAGGAUAUUCUCAUAUUCCAAGGACAUCUGGACGGAGUGUUUUCGGGCCGACGUCCAACUCCAGCACGAGGAUGCAAACCAGCCACAUGCCCAGGUGGACGGAGGGCGCGAGAAAGUACUGGAACAGCAGCGUAUCCACGACACCGGGCGCCGGGCUGAAGACUCAUGUUCGUUAGCUGUCGACAGCCAGGCAUUUUACGACUUUACAUGCGACCAUGGUAACGCGUAUGGCGAGUCGUUCCGUUUACUGACAAGCAUUGCCUGGGAUGGGCACAUGACUGCAGCCGCUCGUGUCGACAUGGCUCAAAUCCCGGUGGAACUACGAGAGCUGACUCAGAGCCCUGUACAUCCGGCCAUUCUCGACACACUGAUGCAACUCAUCUUUGUACAAGUAUCCCGGGGGCUCACCAGUCCCGUAUCGACACUAGUGCCGCAGCGGCUCGCCAAUGCGUGGUUUUCUGCUCGAGUCUGGCAUGCGUCAACACGAUCUGUGAGAGUGAGCUUCAUGGCACGCAACGACGGCUCCGGGGGUUCAACAGGCGUGCAGGGCACCGUAUACGCGUUGAGUGACGAUGGCUCGCCGCUCUGUGAUAUGGAACAUCUCGCUGCGGCUGAAGUGGCUAGACUAUCCCCUACCAUCAGGGACGAGACAAAUGCAGGCCGGCCUCUGCUUUACACCGUGGCGUGGAAGUCGCAGCUGAGCACACUGAGCGCGACAGAGCUACAGACGGUGCUGCGCGACGCAGCUGCUUCAAGUGACGGUGAAGGUAGCUCAACCCCUGAUAGACUGGGAAAAGUGUAUCUUCGGGCGGAAAUGGCGGUCUGCAUGGCCGCACGCAACGCUCUCAAGCAAGUUUCGCCCGAAGAGAUCGCCGCGAGCCCCGGCCAUAUACGUAAAUAUGCGUAUUUGCUCAGACACAUCGUCGAAAAUCGGGAACUCGAUGAGAAAGUCGCCGGACCGGCACUCGAAUGGCUGCUCCAAGAAUGCGAAACAGAAUUACCGGAGUGCCGUGUCUUACCUCUCGUCGCGCGCGCCUUGCCAUCUGUCCUUCGCGGUAAGACGGACCCACUGGACCUUCUCUUCUCCACAGGGGCAGCAGAGUCUUUCUACGACCUGCUCUUCCGCCAUCACGGCCACGAUGGGCGGCUUAAGGCGUUUGUGGACUUGCUCACGCACGAGAAUCCAACCUUGCGCAUCUUAGAGGUUGGCACAGGCACAGGCGGCAUGGCACGUCUGAUGUUGAACGCUCUGUGGAAUCUGGAAAAAGGGACCGGUUCUCAAAAAAAAAGGUUCAGCGAAUACGUGUACACAGAUAUCUCGCCGGCUUUCUUCGAAGUGGCUAGGACGGAGUUCGUCUCGGCUGAAACCCAUAAUGGGGCCAAAGAGGAUCGAAUUGUCUUCCGGACGUUUGACCUGGAGAAAGAGUCGGUAGAACAAGCAGGAUUCGAGAGCUCCGAAGGCCAAUAUGACCUUGUUGUGGCAGGAAGUGUUCUACACGCAACCGCUGAUCUCGCGGCCACUCUGGGCCGGGUCCGCAAGUUAUUAAAACCCGGCGGACACCUUUUGCUGCAAGAGAUAACGGCGCCACAGAGCGCCUGUAUUAACGUAGGAUUUGGGCUGCUGGAGGGUUGGUGGAUGGGGACGGAGGAGUGGCGGCGGCACACACCCCUGGUGACGCUAGAGCGUUGGGGUGAGCUUCUGUGCGAAACAGGCUUUUCUGGGGUCGACCUGACUCUGAAGAAUUCACAAAUCGAAGGCGCGUGGUUCAGCAGCAUCGUCAUUUCAACGGCGGUUGCUAGAUACCCGCGCCCAAACGGGGGAUUGGGAACAUAUCAAUGCAACGGAACGCCAACCGGUUCCAAGCCUAAAUUAGAUAUUCUCAUCGACUUGGACUCUGCUGUACAGCGACAGGUCGCAGCCGCUAUUGGACAACAAUAUCCGCAUUCGCGAAUCAUUUCUUUAGAAUACGUUACGGGGAACGAGUGGAAGCCGUCACUCACCGACACGGUUGUGUCACUGCUUGAAGUUGGCGCGACCUUUCUCGCCAGCAUAUCUGAAUCAAACUUUCAAGCAAUCCGCGCGCUGAUUCAACGCGUACAAAAUUUGCUUUGGCUAACAUCACCGGUAUAUCCCAACAAAUUCUCCCCACAAUACGCGAUAGCCGCCGGGUUCCUCCGGGGUAUCCGUACCGAGGAGAGCAGCAAACACAUUGUUUCCGUCACCAUUGAAUCCGGCGGGCUUAGAAGCGAAGCCAGUUAUGCAGCUCAAGUUUUACAGUCGUGCUUUGUGGACGAGCCAGCAUCGGCAGAGCUGGAGUUUAUCGUGCGGGACGGCAAGUUGCACGUCGGAAGGCUGACCCGAGAGUUAGAGCUGGACCAAGAGCGUGUUGACAGCAUUGUCCCCCGUGUCCGACCACGGAGAUGGCAGCCCGGGCCACGCUUAAAGCUGGGUGUGGGGACUCCAGGCUUGCUGGAUACUCUCAAAUUCAUCCCGGACGACCCUGUACGGCCUGACGUCCUCCAGGCUCGCGAGGUCGAGAUUGAAGCGGCAGCCUGGCCUGUCAGCUUCCGCGACGUCUUGAUCGCUUUGGGCCGCCUCGACUCUCAAGAGAGUUUGGGAUUUGAGAGCGCAGGCACCAUAACACGUCUUGGGCCCGACUGCCCUGUAGAGUACGGCUUGCAUGUAGGGGAUCGUGUGGUCAUGGUCGCGACAGGGUGCAUGCGGAGCCAUCCGCGGGGCCCCGCACACGCGGUGCUUAAGGUGCCGGACGGACUCUCGCUCUACGAGUCUGUCUCGGCCAUAAAUCCCGGUAUGACAGCCUAUCAUGCCCUUGUCAACGUGGCACGGCUGCAGCCUGGUGAAAAGAUCCUAAUCCACGCGGCGGCCGGCAGUACAGGCCAGAUGGCCGUCGCAAUAGCGCAACGGCUAUUGGGUGCCGAGGUCUUUGCCACGGUCGGCUUCAACGACAAGAAGCAGCUGCUUAUAGACCGCUUCGGUAUUCCCGAUGACCAUAUAUUUUACAGCCGCGAUAAUAGCUUCGCGCGUGGAGUUUUGCGCGUAACAGGCGGGCGCGGUGUCGAUGUUGUUCUCAACUCCCUCUCAGGUGACGGUCUUCGAGCGAGUUGGGAGUGCAUAGCAGCGUAUGGACGAUUUGUCGAACUGGGCAAGGUCGACAUUAGCAGGAACUCGGCCCUUCCUAUGGCUGGAUUCGUGAAGAACGUGAGCUUCGCGGCUGUCGACUUGCUUCCUAUUUCACUAUCCAACGCGAAGUUGACGAGAGCUCUGAUCGCAAAGAUAUUAGAGUUAGUAGGGAACGGGCAAAUUCCAACUCCGGGUCCCCUGAAUUUAUACCCCGUAGGAAAAAUCGAGGGGGCAUUCCGAAAUAUGCAGAGCGGGAGGAACAUGGGGAGAAUUGUCGUCACCAUGGGACAGACAGAUAAAGUUUCGGCAUACUCAAUCCGCAAAAAAGACUGGAAGUUCGACACCAGCGCUUCGUAUAUCGUUGUUGGCGGGUUUGGAGGCCUCGGCCGGUUCAUUCUCCGUUGGAUGGCAGAACGAGGUGCUAAGACCCUGAUCGUCCCCUCCAGAUCGGGGGUCUCUUCUAAUGAAGCCGCGAAAACCGUGGCAGAACUUGAAAGCAAAGGCAUUCGCUUAAUAACUCGCCGUUGCGACGUGUCCUCAGCCGCAGAUCUCUCGGCAUUGCUUGAAGAGUGUGAAAAUACAUUGCCUCCAAUCCGCGGCUGUAUCAAUGCUGCCAUGGCACUUCAAGAUGCCAUCUUCGAGAACAUGAGCCACAUACAAUGGAUGACAACUAUCCAGUCCAAGGUUGACACUUCUUGGAAUCUCCACACUCUGCUCCCCAGCAAUCUUGAUUUUUUCAUUCUCCUCUCGUCUCUUGCGGGUGUUUACGGACCCAUCGCACAGUCCAACUAUGCCGCCGGGUGUGCCUUUCAGGACGCCUUGGCAUACGUCCGUACCCUAGCUGGCCACCCAGCAUCCGUGGCGCUCGAUCUGGGAUGGAUGCGGACAAUUGGCAUUGUUGCUGAGCGCGCAGAUUACCGCCGCCACCGAGAGAAAUCGAGGGACAUGGAUCCAGUAGAAGAAGAGGAUCUUGUCGCGCUGCUACAACAUUUCUGUGACCCUGAUGCCGAGGCUAGGGAACGAAAGAGCCAGGUCCUUGUCGGGGCCGUCAUACCAGGCCACUUCCGAGCGCAGGGCGAGGAAAUCCCGGCGUUCCUGACAAGACCGCUGGUAGCCGGGUUUGAGGGCUUAUACAUCCCGCGAGGCAGUAAUGGCAGGCAUGCCGCUGCCGCUGUGGCUACAUCAAGGCCGUCAACAGACCUCGACCCGUCAAUGUUGUUUAAGCAGGCCAGCUCAUCUCAGGAACGUAGUGCCGUCGUUGUCAGCGCCCUGAAGAACAAACUCGCUAGAGCAUUAGGCGUGGAAAUUGAGGAGGUAGAUGCCCGCAAAGGCUUGUCGGAUUAUGGAGUCGACUCAUUGAUGGCAGUCGAGCUGCGCAACUGGAUCCGAAGAGAUUUCGGUGCAACUGUGGCAGUAUUUGAGAUUAUGAGCGGAGUCCCGAUUGCAGGAAUAGGAGAGCUGAUUGCUACAAAGGCCACCUAA